AGAGAGAGAGAGAGAGGGGAGGGGGGCAAAGAAAAAAAGAGAAACAACUUUCUCUGGUUUCUAACUGCAGGCUCUGUAGCUGGAGGGGCUUCAGCACUGAGCUUCUGUGAAGUGCCCUCUCGCCCAGGGGUGUGCAAGCGGUGUGUAUGAGUGAGUGUGUGUGUAUGUGAGCCAGAACCUCAGGAGCCAUGUCGGACCCCAGGGACAUCGAUGAGGAUGCCAUCCUCAAGGGCCUCAGCGCCGAGGAGCUGGAUCAGCUGGAGUACGAGCUGCAGGAGAUGGACCCGGAGAAUGCCAUGCUGCCCGCUGGCUUCCGGCAGCGUGACCAGACGAAGAAGUCCCCGACGGGUCCGUUCGACCGCGACGCCCUGCAGCAGCACCUGGAGAAGCAGGCCCUGGAGCACGAGGACCGGGACGACCUGGUGCCCUUCACCGGGGAGAAGAAAGGAAAGGCCUACGUCUCCAAGACAAAACCGGGGAUCCCCGAGUGCGAGCAAGUCGUCCUGGAGCCGGAGCUGGAGGAGGCUCUGAAAAACGCCACGGACGCCGAGAUGUGUGACAUUGCAGCCAUCCUUGGAAUGUACACGCUGAUGAGCAACAAGCAGUAUUACGAUGCUCUGGGCACCACAGGCACCAUCGCCAACACCGAGGGCAUCAACAGUGUAGUGAAACCAGAUCCGUUUAAGAUCUUCCCCGAUGAGCCGCCAAACCCCACCAACGUGGAGGAAACCCUGGAGAGAAUCCACAACAACGACAGCAGCCUGACUGAAGUCAACCUCAACAACAUCAAGGACAUUCCCAUCCCAACACUGAAAGAGAUCUUUGAGGCAAUGAAGGGAAACUCUCACGUGGAGUUUCUGAGCAUCGCUGCGACCCGUAGCAACGACCCUGUGGCUUACGCGUGUGCUGAGAUGCUGCAGGAGAACACCAGCUUGCAGAGUCUUAAUAUCGAGUCGAACUUCAUCACUUCGGACGGCAUGAUGGCGGUCAUCAAAGCUGUGGCCAAAAACGCCACACUGGUGGAGCUUAAGAUCGAUAACCAGAGGCAGAAGUUGGGAGACUCGGUUGAGAUGGAGAUCGCCUCCAUGUUGGAAAACAACUCCAGCAUCCUCAAAUUCGGCUACCACUUCACCCAGCAGGGUCCCCGCGCCAGAGCCGCCAUGGCCAUCACACGAAACAACGACAUGAUUCGCCAGCAGAGAUUAAGAUGAAAACGAGUACUGAGCAAACAGAAGAACAACCACUUCAGCCUGCGAACAGACUGCCACCAACAGGCUCCUGCCAGCUUUCUUCGAUGUGACGCUUCAGAGCUGAACCCUCC